AAAACGACCAUGAGCUUUGAAUGACUGUAACACAAUCCACCGGAAGAACCUAAAGAUGGUUUGACUUCUGAACUCAGUCAGGAAUGCGUUGCCACAGUCCACUCUUCUGGAUGUUCCAAUAUUUUCCGAGGAGGAAAUUAUCAUCAUCUUCUUCGUCAUCUCAUUGCAUUCCCAACAGCACUGGAAAUCAUCGUGGGUGUACGAGGGGGAAGACUUGGUAUUCACUGGUCCACCACGGAAAGCUAAAGUGGCGUAUGACUCCGUAAACCCAGUCGAUGAAACCACGGCUUCAACAACUCUUCCUUGUAUGGCUAUCUCUCAUUCCGAACACACAUAUUACCCCCAUCUACAGGUCUCCUGUUUUGACUGGCAUGUGAUCGGUCAAACUCAAACCAAUUUUCUAAUUUUGGUUCGUCUGCUACCCGCCCAUUCUUUUACUCCCGCGUUGUUGCACGCACCCCAUUCCCUUUUCUUUCGUCCCAGCCCAGUCUUUGGUCUCUACGCGCACCCUCCCUUUGACGCGCCACUCUCUCUCUCUCUCUCUCGUCUUCCACGGCCACAUUACCAUCUCCGUAUAUAAACGCAACAAGAGCGGCCUACGUCGUGGACUCGACGCCUUCUCUCCCGUUUCCCCCGACGACAUAAAACUUACAAGACCACCAGGCUUCAUCAUCACACUUCCCGGUCCCCCGCCGUGCAUGGGCCAAUCCGCCUCCAGCCGUCUCACCGACUCGCCGCCGGCUGUGGUGGGGGGUAUCUCCACCGCGACGGACUACACCGCUGACCUCCCCGACGACUGCCUCGCCCUCGUCUUCCAGUCGCUUGGCCCUGGUGACCGCAAGCGCUGUUCACUGGUGUGCCGAAGGUGGCUCGCCGUUGAGGGCCGGAGCCGCCUUCGCCUCGCGCUCGACGCCCGCGCCGCGCUCCUCGACGUGGCUCCUGCCAUCUUCGCCCGCUUCGACGCCGUCUCCAGACUCACCCUCCGAUGCAGCAGCCGCACCGACAGCAUUGGCGACGAGGGGCUUGCCCUCGUCGCGGCGCGCUGUCCCAAUCUUGCCAGCCUCAAGCUCCGCGCCUGCGGCGCCCUCACCGAUGCCGGCAUGGCCGCUGUCGCCCGUUACUGCUCGGGCCUGCGCAAGCUAUCCGUCGGCUCCUGCGCCUUUGGCGCCAAGGGUGUUGACGCCGUCCUCCGCGGGUGCCCCCUCCUGGAAGAGCUCUCCAUCAAGCGCCUCCGCGGCCUCCACGACCCGUCCGCCACCGCCGAACUCGUUGCCGGCGCCGCCUCCCUCCGCUCCGUCUGCCUCAAGGGUCUCUACAAUGCGCAGUGCUUCGCACCGCUCAUCGCCGGGUGCCCCAACCUCAAGACGCUCAAGCUCAUCCGCUGCUCCGGCGACUGGGAUCCCCUCCUGAAGAACAUGGCCGCUAGGGUCCCCGGGGUUGUCGAAAUACACCUCGAGAGGCUGCAGGUGACCGACAGCGGCCUCGCCGCCCUGUCCGUCUGCGUCGAUCUCGAGGUCCUCCGCCUCGUCAAGACGCCGGAGUGCACCAACGCAGGCCUCGCCGCUGUUGCGGACCGCUGCGCCCACCUCCGCAAGGUCCACAUCGACGGGUGGAGGGCGAACCGUAUCGGCGACGAGGGUCUCCAGGCCCUGGCCCGGCGGUGCGCCGGUCUCCAAGAACUGGUCCUCAUCGGGGUCAAUCCCACGUCCCGGACCUUGGAGCUCAUGGCGAGCAACUGCCGCAGAUUGGAACGCCUCGCAUUUUGCGGCAGCGACACCUUUGGGGACGCCGAGGUCGCCUGCAUCGCCUCCAAGUGCGCAGCUCUUAAGAAGCUCUGCAUCAAGGGGUGCCCCAUCUCCGACCAGGGGAUGGAGGCCCUCGCGGCGGGGUGCCCAAAGCUUGUCAAGGUAAAGGUGAAGAGGUGCUCCGGGGUGACGCCGGAGUGCGCGGAUCGACUGGCAGCGAGCAGAAACGGGAAACUGGCUGUCAACGUGGAGGCCGACGAGGGAUCGGCCGCCGUGCAGCAGGCGGAGGGGACUGUGGUCUUCGGGGAAUUUGGGAUCGCGGAGGACACAGGCGGGGCCGAGCGGCCGCCGCUUGCCUCGGUCGACCGGGCCAGUGCCGCGGGGCCCCUGAGCAGUAAGAGUAGGCGGACGGCGCGGAAGAAACGGGCGGGCUUCUUCGCGUCCCGAAGAAACUUGGUGGCAUCAGCUCUGAGGAGAUGGUCCCACGGAAGUAGCUAUUCACGUCACAGUCAUCGGUGAGAGGGAGAGAGAGAGAGAGAAGACUUCGUCUAUUUGUCUCCUUUACGUGGUAAUUAAGGUGUCGUCCAAGUUUUGUCACGUCGCCGAGCUCGUCUCAGUGGUUGUAAAGCCGUUUACUUGUCAAAUAUGUAGACAACUUGUCCUCUCGAACCGAAAUGAGUCACGCGUUUCAGAAGAAACGGCUCUUGAAACAGUCCGCCAAACAAACACAUUGACAAUGUAUGCCUCUUUCAUAAUUAAGUGUUGGAAUCCCGAAAUUUCCC